UCCCAAAUCCCUGCCUGCUCUGAUCCCAAAUCCCUGCCUGCUCUGAUCCCAAAUCCCUGCUGGAUCCGAUCCCAAAUCCCUGCUGGAUCCAAUCCCAAAUCCCCCAUUCCAGCUGGUGUGGCUGCUCCGGGAGCUGGUGAAGAGCGGAGUGUUGGGAGCCGACGGGGUCUGCAUGACCUUCAUGAAGCAGAUCGCGGGCGGGGACGUGACAGCCAAAAACAUCUGGCUGGCCGAGAACGUCCUGGAGAUCCUGACCGAGCAAAGGGAUUGGGUGCUGAAGAGCAGCCUGCUGGUGGCCAUGGCCGUUUACACCUACCUGAGGCUGCUGGUGGAUCACCACGGAACCCCCCAGCUCCAGGGGCUGCGCCAGAAGGAGGUGGAAUUCUGCAUCUCCCUGCUCCGGGAACGGGUGAGAAACCUGGAAAACCAGGAAAGAAUUCCCAAUUUUCCCCCAGGGAGGUGGAAUUCUGCAUCUCCCUGCUCCGGGAACGGGUGAGAAACCGGGAAAACCAGGAAAGAAUUCCCAAUUUUCCCCCAGGGAGGUGGAAUUCUGCAUCUCCCUGCUCCGGGAACGGGUGAGAAACCGGGAAAGAAUUCCCAAUUUUCCCUCAGGGAGGUGGAUUUUGCAUCUCCCUGCUCAGGGAAUGGGUGUAAAUGUUGAAAAACUGGGAAAGAAUUCCCAAUUUUCCCCCAGGGAGGUGGAUUCUGCAUCUCCCUGCUCCAGGAAAACCAGGAAAGAAUUCCCAAUUUUCCCCCAGGGAGGUGGAUUUUGCAUCUCCCUGCUCAGGGAAUGGGUGUAAAUGUUAAAAAACCGGGAAAGAAUUCCCAAUUUUCCCUUAGGGAGUUGAUGGAAGGGUUGGAAAACCCUCCUGGAUCCCUCAAAAUCCCACCCUAAUCCCGAAUUUGGGGCUGAAUCCCCCCCCAAAUCCCUCAUUCCCAACUUCCCCAAGAUCCUGGAAAUGUGGGGGAGGAGAGAGGGAAAAACUGGGAUAUUUAGGAGCUGAUUUUUCCCUCUGGGAAAGGGGAGAACAUUCCCAAAUUUCUCUUUAUUUCCUGCUUUUUUCCCUGUGUUCCUUAAUCCCAGGGGGGGUUGGGAAUACCAGGAUCAGGAAUAAACCAUGGGAAUAAAAAAUCUGCUCCUCCCUCUCCUUCUCCUCCUUUCAGAUGCCCAAAAAACCAGGAAUAUUUUUAUUUUUCCUUAUUUUUUUCCCUGUGUUCCUUAAUCCCAGGGGGGGUUGGGAAUGCCAGGAUCAGGAAUAAACCAUGGGAAUGGAAAAUCUCCUCCUCCCCCUCCUUCUCCUCCUUUCAGAUGCCCAAAAAACCAGGAAUAUUUUUAUUUUUCCUUAUUUUUUUCCCUGUGUUCCUUAAUCCCAGGGGGAUUUUGGGAAUGCCAGGAUCAGGAAUAAA